AUGUCGGAUAAAGGCCUAGCACGUAACCUUUUUCUGGUUCGUCCUCCGUCGGGUGGUAAUCCAUCCUCUUUGCCUGAUCCUAGUGGCCUUCUACGUAUCCCUCUCAUAGGUGGUUCUGUACCAGGAGCCAUGUCAUCACUUUUGCCUGAUCCUAGUGGCCUUCCACGCAUCCCUCUCACAGGUGGUUCUGUGCUAGGAGCCAGGUCAUCACUUUUGCCUGAUCCUAGUGGCCUUCCACGCAUCUCUCUUAUAGGUGGUUUUGUACCAGGAGUCGGGUCAUCACCUUUGCCUGAUCCUAGUGGCCUUCCACGUAUCCCUCUUACAAGUGGUUAUGUACCAGGAUCCGGGUCAUCACCUUUUCCUGAUCUUAGUGGCCUUCGACGCAGUAAUGGAAAUUUCGGGUUGUCACACAGUGGUUUUGUAUCGGGAGCCAGGUUAUCGCUUUGUCCCGAUCCUGAUCUUAGUGGCCUUCAGCACAACCUUUUUUUGGUUGGUUCAACAUCGAGAGCCAGGUCAUCGCCCGAUCCUAAUGGCAUUCUACACAUCCCUUUGUCGGGUGGCCUUUCACGCACUUCAAUUAGGAUGGAAAGGUUGGGAUUCUCAGGGAAUAGUAGCAUGGGUGACAUAAAUACCUACAUGGGCUUGACUGAUGCUAUAGAAGAUACAGGGGUGGUACAAAAUGGUGGGAAUGGUAUUGCAUAUGGUUAUGAGAUGACAGGCAACAAUGAAGAUACCGCUAGUGAUUUUUUCUAUAAUGGGCCUGAGCAUGAACAUGAGCCUGAGUAUGGGCAUUAG